AUGGCAGAUGCCGUCUUCGACCCGAUGUCAAACUUAACAUUACUUCGUUGCAACAAAGCCGUCAACAGGGUGAACCCGCGCAAAUUCCCAGCAGGAAAAGCCCGCAUCGAAACAGCGGGUAACAUUUGCUUCUGCUUCCUCAUGACAUCCGUCUCAUUUAUCCUCAUUGCAUUUUCGAUUCGCGAACUGGCCGAGGGGUCUGACUCGCCCACGGGCGAAUUCCAUCUCCCCUCCACGAUUGCGGUGAUCGUGGCAUUCGCAACCAAGGCGGCGUUGUUCAUCUACAGCUUUGCACUGCGCAACCAGGUCUCACAGAUUCGGAUUCUGUGGGAAGAUCAUCGCAAUGAUCUUAUCAUCAACGGAUUCGGUAUCCUGACUUCGGUUGUGGAAGUAAAUUGCGCUGGUGGAUUGAUCCCAUGGGCGCGGUAA